AUUUUCAAAACCAUUCAGGAUUUAUUUUCUCUCUCUAGAAAACAACAUGCAGAGAAUGAUCAAGAUACCCAAGGAAGAAACAACAACCACCGCCGCCAACCGCCACCAACAACCACCGUGGGGCCGGCUUACAAAUGAUGAAGAAGCUCUGGUAAUGGUUAAUGCGUUGAAGAAUGUUAUAAUGGGAGGUACUUCGGAGUGUAGGAGUAGUACUUUUGAUUAUCAAAAUGGAUAUGAUUCGAGGUUGUUCUCGGCGAUUGAGUACGCCACCCCCACCACCACCGCAACUGGGUGUUCUGUUCCAGUGGCGCCGGUCUCUGUUCCAGAUACUUGUUCGGUUUGCAGGAUUAAUGGGUGUCUCGGGUGUACUUAUUUUGCUGACGAUAUGAACUUGAAUGUAAACGCUAGUGUUAGUGGUGGUGGCGGUGGAGUUGGUGGUCCGAUUAAGAAAAAGAAGAAGAAUUACAGAGGAGUGAGGCAGCGGCCAUGGGGGAAAUGGGCGGCGGAGAUACGGGAUCCACGUAAAGCAGCUCGCGUCUGGUUAGGGACGUUUGAGACGGCGGAGGCGGCAGCUCGAGCUUACGACAGAGCCGCCAUUGAAUUCAGGGGACCCAGAGCGAAGCUUAAUUUCUCAUUCGCAGACUAUACAACAUCGUCAUUGCCGGAAAAUAAUCAGCCGGCGGUGCCACUGAGAGCUGCGAAUUCAUCAAGAAAGAAAGCGGAAGUCAACAAUGGCCGGAAAUUUGAAUUGGAUAGAGAGACGAAGGUGAUGGAGAAGAAACCUGUUAUAGAAAACGAGUUUUUGGGUGCAAUAUUUGAAGACGAAGAUAUUCAAGAUUGGAUGAUAAUGUUGGAUUUUAACGGCGAUUCUUCUGAUUCGACACUUAGUGGAACUGUUUAUAGCGUUUAAUUAUAGUUUGACUAUAAAAUUGGUGAAACUUCAUGCUUGAAAAAAGUAUUCUUUCUGAUCAUUAAUGUGAUAGUCACUAUUUUGUUCGAAAAGAUAUUUGAAUGUAAUUUCUCCAGAUUUUAAAAAAGGAGAUCAUGUUUAUUACUUCA